AAAGUCUCUUGGUCUGUUUAAACAAUUACACAAGUUGUGGUCUUUAAGAGAAUGUUAUUCUUUUGAUACAUCACUAGUAACAGACAGAACAAUAAAUAAUGUUGAUUUUUAUAACAGCUUUAAUGCUCAAUGUGGUGGCUAUACCAGCAGAUGAUUUAUUUUCACCAAACAUAAACAUCCUUGAAGAACUGGGGAAGAUGAAGAUCAUGGAAACAAGGAUGGAAUCUAUGGAGAAGGAAAUGGAGCGACUAAGAACAGAAAACACAGCACAAGCAAAGAAGCUGGAGGAGUUUCAUGUUACAAUGAAUGACAGAAAGAUCAAAAUGGAUGAACUAAUUAAACAAAAUGAAGCUCAAGCAAAAGAACUGGACACCUUGCGUGGAACAACAAAUGACGUAAAGAUCAAAAUGGAUGAUCUAAUAAAACAAAGUGAAGUUUCAAAAGUGGCUUUCUCAGUUUCUCUCUCGUCCUCUAAUGGACCGCACAGCACUUUACAAACCCUGAUUUACAAACACAUCUUCCUCAAUAAUGGAGACGCUUAUGAUGCAAAUACAGGAAUCUUCACAGCACCCAUGAAGGGAGUGUAUGUAUUCAGGGUUUUCUCUAAGGCCUAUGGAAGUUCAGAUAAAGCGGUUGUCGCAGGCUUGUUUAGGAACGACCAGCAUGAAAUUUCUACAUAUGCACGUCAAAAUGGUGGUUUUAUCGGCUCUUCAAAUGGAGUUUCUCUGCUGCUGGAAAAGGGGGAUAAAAUAUGUGUAAAUCUCUAUCCUGGAUAUUGGAUUUUUGACAAUGAACACCAUCACAGCACCUUUAGUGGACAUCUGCUUUUCACCAUGUGAUCAGAACAUACACAGCAUCUUUGUACAUCAAGACUGUAAUCAUAAUACAAGAUGUUCAAUUCACAUGAUUUUUUUGUCUGUAAGACUACGAGUGAAUGAAUUUGAUCAAAUUUGAUGCUGAUACUUACUAUGAAUCACCUAUGUUUACGACACCUACAGUAAACAAGGGCUUUCUCUAAAACCUUUGGAAAUCAAAAUAGGCCUUUAUGGUAAAUAUAUGGUAAAAGUAUAAUAUGAUUUCAUUUUCACUGUAUUGACGAGAACUUAAAAAAAAUAAAAAAAAAUCCUGGUUUGUAUAUUAAAUAUCAACAUCAUGGUAGAGUUUUAGCAGUUUUACAUGGUCCUAUAUUUGACCCACAUGUACAUAAAUGUGCUAACUGUAACCCAUAAAGGCAUUUUAUUAAAAUAGUAAAACUUUGGGUGUCACAUUAUUCCAUGAUCUAAUGAUCUUUUACUGUUUUCUGGAGUUCAUUCAACAUCAAUAAAGAGACUUUUAUCCAACUGAAUUUACAGCAGAACAAUAUGGAAAAGAAGGAUUGGGCAAAACAAUGUUUAAGUAAAUAAAAAAUAAAGCACAAUAUUGGUUAA